GUGCAGACCUUUUAUCCUCUUCCGCCUUGAUAGAGGCAGGUAUCACAAUGCAGAUAUUUGUGAAGACCCUCACGGGCAAGACCAUCACACUUGAGGUCGAACCAAGUGAUACAAUUGAAAAUGUGAAAGCUAAAAUUCAAGACAAAGAAGGAAUCCCACCAGAUCAACAAAGAUUGAUCUUUGCUGGUAAGCAGCUGGAGGAUGGACGGACACUGUCCGAUUACAACAUCCAGAAAGAGUCGACCUUACAUCUGGUACUGAGACUCCGAGGAGGGGCCAAGAAACGUAAGAAGAAGAAUUACACAACACCAAAGAAGAACAAGCACAAGAAGAAGAAGGUCAAGCUUGCUGUCCUUAAAUACUACAAGGUUGAUGAAAAUGGAAAGAUCACUCGUCUGCGUAGAGAGUGCCCCAAUGAAGAAUGUGGAGCUGGUGUUUUCAUGGCAUCUCACUUUGAUAGGCAGUACUGUGGGAAAUGCUGUUUGACAUACGUUUUCAAUAAGCCUGAAGACAAAGCAUAGACUGUAUCAUUAAAGCUCCAUGUUCUAA